AUGAAAAAGGUUGCCGUCAUUAUGGGUAGUGUCCGUACUCAUAGAAUCAAUCAUGUCAUUACAAACUGGUUCGUCGCUACCUCUGGUCUCAAAGACAAGUUCAACGUGGAGAUUGUCGAUUUGAAAGAUUGGAUGUUGCCUCCAUACGAUGAGAUUGUCGCACCAAUGUCUUUGAAAGGUGCCUACACGACAGAACAUGGAAAGAAGUGGCAAAAGUACAUUGAUGGUAUGGAGGGAUUUGUGUUUGUAACGCCAGAGUACAAUAAGAGUGUUCCACACGCUCUAAAGACACACGUGGAUUAUCUCUUCACCGAGUGGAAUGGAAAGCCAACCUCAAUCGUGAGCUACGGAUACAGUGGCGGUGAUAGUUCAUCCGAUCACUUGCAAUCGAUCCUCGGCCGCAAGAGUGCCAUUCAGGUCAAGAUGACCGAGACACUUCCCCAGCUCCUCCUCAAGAAGGAUAUCUUCAAUGAGAAAUGGGAAAUCGCCGACAUCAACUCUAGCUUUGCUCAGUAUCUGCCAGCUACAAAGAAAGUAGUUUCCGAGUUGGAUGCUCUAUUCAAGUCAUCAACAAAAUGA